GGCAAGAUGGGUCUGAACGGCUUUCCGGGCAUCAACGGCAUCCCAGGGAUUCCAGGGCUGCCAGGGCCCCCAGGGCCCGCGGGCCUCGACGGAUGCAACGGCACGGAUUCGUCCUACGACGGGGAGAACCGGCGCUACUCCUCCAGAGACCGGGGCUACGGCACGGGCACGGUCUACACCUCCAGCUCCAGCUCCUUCGAGUCAUCCAGAUCAGGAUACCAAGGCGGAGUGGCAGGGAGUCGCCGAGAGUACGGAGGCGCCGGAGGAGGCUACGGAGGCGCUGGGGACGGUUCCUACAGCUCUGGAGGCACCGGAGGAGGCUACGGAGGUGCUGGGGACGGUUCUUAUAGCUCUGGAGGCAGCUACGGAGGCUCAGGAUCCUACGAGAGCUCGUACGAGAGCUCCUACAGCUACGGCAGUGCGUCGGGAGGCGCGGACGGAGGCUACGCGGGGUCCUACGGGGGCGCGGACGGAGGCUACGGAGGCGCAGAAGGGUCCUACGGAGGCGCGGACGGAGGCUACGCGGAAGGAGGCUACGGAGGCGCGGAAGGAGGCUACGCGGGGUCCUACGGAGGGGGCAGCUCGUCCCAGCCUCAGGUCGGCGCUCGGCCCGCUCGACCCCAGCCUCGACCGCGGCAGAAUUGCAGCGGCAGAGAUUGCAGCAAUUGCACUUGUAUCGGCGAGAAAGGCUCCAGGGGCGUCCCCGGAGCCCCAGGGCCUCAGGGCGAGAAGGGCCAGCAAGGCUUCCCCGGGAUGGAGGGCCUGAUCGGACCUAAGGGCCAGAAGGGCUCGCCGGGCCCUCAGGGGCCGACGGGACCCAAGGGCGAUAGGGGCAAGAUGGGUCUGAACGGCUUUCCGGGCAUCAACGGCAUCCCAGGGAUUCCAGGGCUGCCAGGGCCCCCAGGGCCCGCGGGCCUCGACGGAUGCAACGGCACGGAUGGCACCCCUGGCCUGCCAGGUCCCUCCGGCGGGCUGGGCCCCAGGGGAUUCCGUGGCCCUGAGGGCGUCAAGGGGCAGAAGGGCGAGCCGGCGUCCGUGCCCUUAGGUCAGAUUAAGGGCGAAAAGGGUGAGCCGGGGCGAGACGGGCGCCAGGGCCUUCAGGGCCCGAUCGGACCCUCAGGGCCUCGAGGCGUCGACGGUUUCAGGGGCGAGACAGGGCCGAAGGGUGACCGCGGUCCUCAGGGCCAGAAGGGCCAGAAGGGCCAGAUGGGACUGAGUUUCGAGGCCAAGCAAGGCCCUAAGGGUGACAAGGGUCAGAAGGGUGACGCCAAACCCUGCAGGGAAUUCUCUGGAGGAAACUGCACGACAGAGGUCAUCGUGGGUCGGCCAGGCGUGCCAGGGAUCCCCGGCCAGCCAGGCCCCAAGGGAGAGAGAGGCCCCCAGGGAGACAGGGGUCUGCCAGGCCCCAGGGGGACCAAGGGAGAGAAAGGUCUGCCGGGUUACCCAGGACCGCCGGUAAGGGAGAGAGAGGCUCUUAAGGGCGAGAAGGGGACGUCAGGGCUGCCCGGGCGAGACGGCACUCCGGGCGAGAGGGGGCCGCCCGGUCCCUCGGUGGGCGGCGAGCGAGGACCCCCGGGCCCUCAGGGACCCCAGGGACCCCCAGGGCCCAAGGGGAGGGACGGCCUGGAUGGACUGCCAGGGGGUAGGGGACCCCCAGGGGUACCCGGCGGCCCAGGGCAGCCAGGAAACCCCGGAAGGGAGGGUCUGCCAGGCCCUAAGGGUGCCAAGGGUGACGGAGGAAGGGCAGGGGCCCCUGGAGCGGAGGGCCCCCCCGGCCUGCCAGGGGAGAGGGGGGUGUCCGGCCUCCCAGGACCCAAGGGGGACAAAGGAUUCGCUAUUCCGGGCACGCCAGGACGCGACGGUCGACCAGGUUUGGACGGUACCCCCGGGGCCAGAGGCGCUCCAGGCCCCAUGGGUCCUAGAGGCAUCCCAGGGGACAGUAUUGACGGCAUUCCAGGGUCUCAGGGCGAACCAGGGGACGUGGGACAGCCCGGUAUUCCUGGAACCCCUGGGAGAGACGGAAUUCCUGGACGCAACGGCGAGAAGGGUGACCGCGGCCUGGACUGCGAGUGCGGCGAGUGUGAGAAGGGUGUGAAGGGUGAGGCAGGCCCUGAGGGUCUUCUGGGCCCCCCUGGUCUUAGGGGUCCGCCUGGGGCCAUUGGCUACCCAGGGGAGAGGGGAGAGGACGGCCAGCCAGGCCCUGCAGGGUUGCCGGGGAAGGAGGGUCUCCCAGGCAAGCCGGGUCUCUCUGGCCCUAAGGGCGAGAAGGGUGAGGCUGCCUUCGCGCGGCCCGGCCCUCCCGGCCCUAAGGGUGACAGGGGCAGCCCAGGGUUAAGGGGAGAGACGGGGGCCAAGGGUGAAAGGGGUUUCCCAGGGCGAGAUGGGAUUCAGGGCCUGCCAGGGCUCACGGGAGAUAAGGGGGAUCCAGGGUUCGACGUGUCAAACAUCUCUUUAACCCCCGGCCGACCUGGCAUUGACGGCCGACCAGGCACUUGCGUCAAGGGAGAACCAGGCGCAAACGGUUUUAAGGGAGAUAGAGGAGACAGGGGAGAACCGGGUCUCCCUGGUCAGGACCUGCGACCUGAGAACAUCGUUAAUCUCCCUUCGAAGGGUGACAAGGGAGAUCCGGGCGAAAAGGGCGAGAUUGGCCCCAACGGACCCCCAGGCGGACCAGGAGAGAAGGGCAAUGCAGGUAUCCAAGGAAACAGGGGGUUGCCAGGUGCACCAGGUCGCCAGGGAUUGCCAGGUCCUAGAGGGGAGAAAGGGAACAUCGGCAUAGUGGGAGCGACGGGCGAGCGAGGUCAGCCAGGUCAGCCGGGGAUCCCAGGUCGCGUCGGAGCCAAAGGUCUCAAGGGAGACACAGGUCGCCCAGGUUACGGGAUACCAGGUCAGCCAGGUCUACCGGGCAUCAAGGGAGAACAAGGACUCCCCGGUCUCCCUGGAAAAACGGGGGCGGCGGGAAUACAAGGUUCGCCAGGUCAGCCAGGUCGCAAGGGAGAGAAGGGCCUGGCAGGUCUCGACGGUCUCAACGGCAUGAAGGGGGAGAAGGGGAACACAGGUCUUCCGGGUCCCAUUGGCCCCACAGGUCCUCGCGGGCUGCCAGGUCUCGAUGGGGUCAAAGGUUCCCCCGGUCUGCGCGGCCCCCCUGGCGCCCCCGGGGUGGUCGGCUUCCCUGGCCCUAAGGGGGAUUCAGGGCGACCAGGGCUUCCGGGCAAGGACGGGCUGCCGGGUCCCUUGGGGCCGCCUGGUCUGCCAGGUCGGCCAGGUCUCGACGGCCAGCCAGGUCUCAAAGGGGACAAAGGCAGCAUGGGAAUUGCAGGUUUCCCAGGUAAUCCAGGUCAGGACGGGAGACCAGGUCAGCUCGGAUUAACAGGUCCUAAAGGGAACCAGGGCUUGGCAGGUCAGCCGGGCGUGCCAGGUCAGCCAGGACCUGAAGGCGUGAGAGGCGAAAAGGGAGAGCGAGGAUUUCUGGGCCCGCCAGGCAUCCCCGGCGCGGCGGCAGACAAGGGCGAGCGCGGCGCCCCGGGCCCUAAGGGCAGCCCGGGCCUGAACGGGCGCCCCGGCCGGCCCUCAGGGCUGCCAGGGCCCAAGGGCAGGGACGGGUACGGCUCGCCAGGGCCCGUGGGAGAGAGGGGCGCGCCUGGACCCCCAGGGCUGCCCGGCCUCAGCGGAAGACCCGGACCUAAGGGCAGCGAUGGCGUCGUCGGAUUCCCAGGCUCGAAGGGAGAGAAGGUGAGGGAGAAAGGGAGGGGAAGGCCCGGGGGGGGCCCAAAAGGGGACUGGGGUUCCCCCGGGUUUCCGGGGGGCCCAAGGGGCCCCCCCGGGAGCCCCGCGGGCCCCCCCGGGGGUGCCCCCGGGGGGCCAAGGGCGGAAAAAGGGGUGGGGCCCCCCGGGGGCCCCCCCGGCCCCAAAGGGGGGGGGAACCCCGGGGCCUUUCCCGGGGCCCCCCGGGGGGGACCC